AUGAGUGUCACAGCCAAUUCUAUGCUUAUGAAUUCCGGUUGCAAUGGAAGCAUAUGUUUAGUACUUCCACCUGGAUCAGUCCAUUCAAGCGUUUCAUUGUCGCUCUCCAACAUCACAGGUGAAAGUAGUGCAGCAACUGAUUCUCAAGAUUGUGGAUUUUCGCCGGCCUCCUUUCUUACUGCUGAAUCACCAUGGGAGUUGAACUUGGAUAUGGAAACUAGUAAUCGAUCACAAAGGAAAAAGGCCAAGAUGAGAUAUAACGAGAAAAAGAAAACCAGAACGUUUGGUAAGCAAAUAAGAUAUGCUUCGCGUAAGGCAAGGGCGGAUACCAGAGAAGGGUUAAAUAGAUUUGGUAAGGCUGGGGAAGCUUAUGAUUAUGACCCAUUAGCAAUAAGGGAUUUCUGA